ACAAGAAAAUACAACAGCACCAAAAAUAUUUUCUAUACAACCCACAACUGCAAAACAAACCAUUGGAUCAGUAACAAUUCAAGAAAAAACAGACCGUGAAUCUGCGCCUGUGAAGUUCACAACAAUAAGCUUGAUCUCACCUCCAAGUGUGACUCCACAAGAAUCUUUUACAACACAACAACCCACAACUACCAUGCAGACUACUCCAUCAACAACAAAUGGAGGAACAACUGACAAUAAAUCAGUCUCUAUGUCAACAAGACUGAGUACACAAACUGCUCAAUCUGUGGAAAUUAAUCCAACUACAAAACAAACACAAUCUAGUCCAGUGGUGACAGUCAGUAAAACAUCUAUACAGAUGGUGGAGUCCAUGACAACAGCCUCCAUCCAAACAUCACCUCCAUCUUUUACUUCCACAAUGGACAAACCCAUUCAGUCAACACAAUCCACUCCGCAUGUAACAAGAUCCACAAUAAGCACUGUUUCAUUAACAACUACCAAAGAGGAUGAAGAAACAUCAAAAUUACAAAGCAGAUCAAAUGUAACAAUAUCAGAAACUUUAGCAAAAGAAACAACAGAAACAUUCUCAACAACUAGAUCAGAAAUUCAACAGAAUAUGUCAUCAUUGUUUACAACAACAAAACAACCCACACCUGCAAAACAAACUGUGGGAUCAACAAUGACUGAAGCAAACAAAGACAGAGGUACAAUGACUGCAUCAACAAGACAAACUACACCAUCUGUAACCACAUCGAGAAUUGUGACACAUACAGAAUCAAAUCAGUCAUCAAAUGCAAAUCAAGCAUCUAUUACCAAUCAGACAUCUACUUCAAUGGUGGAUGUAAAGACAACAGGAUUGAUGACAACAUCAUCUACAUCUGUUACAUCUAAAACAGAAGGAACUGUACUCUUAACAUCUUCACCUCCAACCCUUGCAGCAAGAUCCACAGAACCUGAAAUACAAACAUCAACAAAAUCAGACAAAAUAUUAUCAACACAAAGCACCUCUGCACAAAACCCUUUAGAGGUAACAACGGAAACACAAACUGCAGUUGCAGAAACAGGUUUAUCAACUGCUUUCAAACAGACUGUGUCAUCAACGUACAGUGAAUCAGUAUCUGAUCACAACAGAAGUGAAUCAUAUUUAUUGCAAACAUCGACUCAAAAGAUAGAUAAAACAACACAGUUGCAGAAUGAGUCCACAACAACACCACAACCUCUAAUUACUGGAUCAACAAGAAUUCAAGAAAACACAAACAGUGGAUCACACUCUUUCUCCACAAUCAACAGAAAGCAAACUAUUAAAACUGUGGAAACAGUGCCCAUUGCAACACAAACAGAUUCUAGAUCACUGACAACCAUCAAGCAAAUAUCAACCACAACUGUAAAGCAACCUGCUCAAAUUGUAACAACUCAAACAAGCACAGAAUCUGGAUUAAUCUCUGUGUCAUCAAGACUCUCAACACCCAGCACACAACCUGCACCAUCAAAAAUACUCAACAUACCGGCAUUAAUGGACUUGUCAUACACAACUGAAACACUCACUGUUGCAAAACAAACAGUGGCUGAUCAAAAUGAAACCAGUGAAACUGUAAAUGAGUCUCUGCAAAGUUCAACACUGAAAUCAAAAACUCAGGUCAGAAGUUCACCGUCUGCAGCAGACAAUUCAGGUUCAUCAACAACAUCAGCAGCUUUUCCAACAGAACAAUACAAAGCAAUUGGAUCAACAACAGUUCAAACAAGCACAAAAAGUGAAUCAAUUUUCAUGUCAACAAGACUUAACACACCAACAGCAGCAGAUGUUCAAACUGGAAUGCCCUUAAGAUGUAGUCCAUCAAAAAAUAAAACUCAAGCAUCCACCACAAAUACAGACACAGCUACACAAACGGUGAUGUCAAAGGGUACAACUGCCAAACAAAUGACAUUAACAACAAUUGAAGAAAAUGACGUUGGUGGACUGGUCUCUAUGUCACCUGAAACAGAAAUCACUUCACAGUCAAUAAUAUCCUCUACAUCUGUUACAAGAAAAUUCACCAUAUCAGAAGCAUUAACAACACAAAUCUUAACUGCAAAACAAACCCUGAGUUCAGCAACAACAGUUUCGUUGAGGACUUCGACAAUCACAGCACAAGCAGUGGCAAACACAAAUUAUGACACCUCAUCAACAACUGGACAGGUAUCACCCACAGCUUCAAACCAGCCGCCAACACAAGCUGGAGAGAAGACUACAGAAAAACAAGAGGCAGGACGAACAAUGGGUCAUAUGGGAACUACAGUGAACACCACACUACACACCACAGCAUCUACAGCUGCACACACAAUUACCCCCGAGGAGGAACCAGAGACUGCAUCAGCAGCAUGGACAACGGAUCAGCACUCAUCCACACUGCAAAGUGUAGAAUCUUCCAGUUCGCAACAACCUCAAAGUGUCUCAUUGGUCCCAUCAAGAAGCACUUCAUCUUCAGCCCCAGCGCAGAGUUCAUCCCAUUCCACAACAGAAGAAGCUCAUUCAAGUACUUCCUCUCAGGUUAAUGGGACUACAAAUAUGGAGAAAGCUACAGUAAAAUCCACAGCAGCUGAGUAUGGAAGCACAGAUACAACAGACUCCAAUUUAUACACAUCAGCUAACCUCAGGCAUGCCAACACAACACAACUGGAAUACGACGCAAGCACUUUGUCUGUUUCUCGAAACAGGACUGUGUUUUUCAAAUACAGUCCUAGGGUUGUUAUUGUGAAGCCCUUAGUCUUUGAUUAUCCAGUUGUGGAGCGCGUCACAUUUUUAUCAAAUGAUACGGACAAAAUUGAUGGAACGACAAACUAAAUAGUAAUAAGGUUUGGCAAUGGUACAAGGUGAUAAAAACAACAUGGCAAAUUACUUGCCAUUACAUUUGUCAUAUGUUGAUGUAAAAUCCUUUUUGGGAUAACAUUUUAUUGGGACGGUUUCUUAUAAUCUCUUUUGUUCUGUUGAUAUGUUGUGACUGUUCAGAACUUUAAAAUUAGUUUAAAAGAGCAACCUAAAUCUGGAGAGCCAAUAGGUACACUCAAAAUAAAACUUGAUGUGGGCAUUUUACAACAUGUAGGCCACAUCCAGCUCUUUAGUUGUUCAAGACUGGCCUGCAGUGGUUAAUAGAUCUGCAAAAAUGCAAGAAAUAAAUAAAUAAAGUUUAUUAUGUACUCAAGUCCAACUAUUUGUAUUAUUUGGAGAAUCCAAUCUUUAUUUCACUUUUGUCUCUCUGUCUGCUAGAACAGCAUCCUGUAUGUGCCAAUGUUCAUUUUACCAAAUGUAAAGUUUUCAUCAUUUCUUCUAUGUAUUUACUGCACACACACCAUCAUCGCAACAUGAGUGUUAAUACUAAUAAUAUUUCAAUUGUCAUGAAUGCACACACUGCAUAUGACAUUCAGGCUGCAAUAAAUGUGACACAGAUGAUGGUACCUAAGGUGCUAAAAGGAAA